ACUGUUUAAAAAAUUAAUUAAAAAUACAGUAGAGGGGGUAAAAAAAAAGCUGCUUUUUUUGUAUGUACAAACCACGUGAGCUAUUCAAAAUGGCCGUCACGAAAAACUAAAAACAGAGAUUUUAAUAGACGUUGAAAAAAAAAAAACAAGUGUUGUUAAAAAAAUAGAUAAUUAAAAAAAUGUCGACAAUGUAUGAAUUAAAACCAAUAAUAAAACAUGAUAGUUUUGUGAAUUUACCAACGUGUAUGUACGAAAUGAAAAAUUUACAUGAAAAUGAAAAAUCAAAACAGGAAUGCAGGAUUGUGUCGAAUGUCACAAAGCAGGUUAACAACUUUCUCAAGACACCACUACCAGAAGUCAUUGAAUUAGAAGCAAGACAAGAAAAAAUAUUAGAAUCACUUGCUGAAUUGAAAAAACAAUUAUCAAAUUUGUUGAAGGAUGUUAAUAAAGAUGACAAAGAAAUUAAGUCUAAAAAUAUUGAAAAAAAUAUUCCUUUGAGUAUUAAAAAAAAAAUAAGGGAACAUGUUAAUGUUGAUGUAACUAUAAAUGUUAAUCCAAAAAAACCAUGUUACUCAAUAAUUGCACUUAAAAAAAUAUGGGAUGAUGUUGAUUUUCCAGUAACAUGUUAUCUAUCAUCUGACAUGAAAGAAUCAGUUGAUAAUAUUUUUAAAAAUACUGAAGAAACUGGAAAACCUGGUGUCAUUAAUAUUUCUCUAAUUUGGAAAACAAAUGUUUCAGACUGUCAGUUGAUUGUCAGUGCACUACAAAAUUAUCCAAUAAUUGGUGAAAUAAAUAUGCUGAGAUAUUUUAGUAGAUUACUUGGUGAAAAUAACGAAAAUAUCAUUGAAACUGAAAAAAUUGAUACUAUUCUUGAUAUAAGCCAUAGCAUUCUAUUUGAGAAUAAUCAAAAAAAUAUCAAUAAUUAUUUAUCAAUUUUGAGCAAAAAAUUAGAUAACAAGGAUAAUUUUUUUACUGGUUUUUAUUAUCCUGGAAUUGCUGAUGUUGCAUUGUGGUCAACAAUAAAACAAGUUAAUCCAAAAUUACCUGAAAAUAUUAAAAAAUGGUUUAAUAAAUGUGAAAAAUACUUUUUAUAAUUUAUAUAUUUUUUAUAUAUUUAAUAAAAUUUUCAUUUUAAUUAAAUGCAAUAACAUUUAUUGAUGCAAAAAAAAACAAUAAA